UGAGUCCAUCGAGUUCUUUUAUGCGUUUGUUCGAAGUAGCGGAAGUGGAGUAGUCAUGGAUUUUACACUAAUUGUUGGGAAUCUUGCUGUUAUUUGCACUAUUUUCAGCAAUUUCUCUGGAUUGGCAGUUUGUGUAGACAUUUGUAAAAAUAGGUCAACUGGAAAUGUAUCUAUUUUACCUUUCGUAUGUAGUGCCGUUAGUGCAAGUCUAUGGCUGCAAUAUGCUUUGCUAAUAAACGACUCCGUACUAAUUAUGGUGAACUUCAUAUCAUUCAUACUACAAGCAAGCUGCAUCUGCUGUUAUUAUCUGUAUACUGUUCAAAGGAAAACAAUACAAAAACUCUUACUUGGAGCAAGCAUUUAUGUGUUUUCUACACAUGCGUACGCCUUUCAUUGGACGGGAAAGCAAGAUAUUGCAUUGAACAUAACUGGAUUCUUAGCUUGUCUUGGAAGCAUAAUUACUAGUGGAGUGCCUUUAAUAAAUGUUAAACAAGUGUUUAGAACUAGAAGCACUGAAACGUUACCCUUUUCAAUAAUUUUCGCCACUUUUGUAGUCACAGUUUUAUGGUUCUUUUAUGGAAUUUUAAUUCAAGACUUCUUUAUUCAAAUUCCAAAUUUCCUGGGAGCUCUUCUUUCUGGUUUCCAGCUAUGUCUAUUUGCUUUUUUCAUGCCCAAAUCAAGCCAAACAACAAAGAUAUUAAAGUGAUCGACAUGUAUUUACUUAUUAUUAUUAAACAUAUUC